GAGAGACAGUGAGGGCGAGAGAGAGAGAGGCAAUGAGACUAUGAGAAUUGCACCAAUUCAUCCUACGAAUACACGGAACGGAGCUUUCGGCGGAGUUACUUUUCCAGCGCUUUAAGUCUUUAAGUGGUAAUUUCAUCCACUACAGUCAGAAAUACUACACCAAAAGACUGCAGGACUUUACAUAUAUGACAUUAAUAAAGUUAAGGAGAUCAACUGAUCACAGUUCAUUUUUUGAGGGUUCUUUUUUGCUUUUUCCUUAUCACAUGACGCAACAAGCGGCCGCAGAAACAAAAUUCUUCGUGAGUGUAUGACCAAGAGACGCUCCAGCUCUUCCGCUUUAUCUGCUCUUCACGAUCACCAUGAACGUAACAAUUUUUAACCACAGCAUCUUUACGCAUGGGGGUCUGCUCAACCGCAGCCAUCAGCUAGCAGGGACACUGGUUGAUUGCUGCACAGGUAACGGGAGCGAGGUAACCGCGAACGACGGCGGCAGCUCUCUUGUACUAGAGCAGGACGAGCGCAAGAUGUUUGUGACGCGCGUGGUGCAGAUCGCAGUGCUGUGCGUACUUUCGCUCACGGUGAUGUUCGGGAUUUUUUUCCUUGGGUGCAACCUCAUGAUCAAGUCAGAAAGCAUGAUAAACUUUCUCGUCAAAGACCGAAGACCGUCCAAAGAUGUUGAGGCAGUAAUGAUCGGACUCAGUUAGCCGCGCGCUUGGAUGCACUCCAUCCAAGCAAACGGUCACCGCCAGUUGGUUUUAUAUUGUGCAACGCGAAGAUAUGCAGCGUGAUUUUCUUGUGUAUUUACCGAGGAAAGCUAACAAACGCUGAAUCAGAACGUCUUCAUAGUGACUGUCACAGAGACGGAAUUGCACGCUAAAGAUAUGAGAAUGUAUUGAUGUUUAUGAAUGUUUACGUAGGUCUUUGCACUUAAGACAUUUUUGCGUAUAUAUGGUCUUAAAUAUUUGUAGCCUACCAGUUAGUUGCCUCGGGGUACUUGGCUUUUACAGUGAAAAUGUUUACAUGUUUUACCUCAAAGGCACAAAGAGAAUGUACUUAAAACUUUUCUUGUUCGCAUAAAACCAGGAAAAUGCAUGUAAUCUUAUGUAGUAAAUGUAGCCCAUACAUCUGAAGAGGUAGUGAUUGUUUCUUCUAAGGGUGUAAAAAACGUUUUUUUUUUGUGUGCCUGAAAACACGAGAUGAGAAAGGGCGCUCAUCCGCUAGGGACACCUGCACGUUUUCUUCUUAGUCCUUAGCCGUUUUUUAACUUUAGAUGCCUACCCCCUGCAUGCGCGAUCGUUAACGUGUCAGGUGGUCUUCUGUCCUGCACUUUAUGAUGAAAGCUCCGUGCUGCAUGAAGUAUUUUGUAAACACUGAUUAAACUUGAAGCAGUACAGCAUGCCCAGUAAAGAUAUCAUUUCAGUUUUGCUCAUGCAAUUUCAGUUUUUAAAAAUUAAUUAUUUAAUUAAUUUAUUGUUUAUUUGUUGCGUAUUUUGCUGCAGAGUAGAGCUGAAUAAAACGGCAGGCUAUUCGUUAGCAGCAGUACUGUCUGUUGGGCUAAUAGUGUAGACUUAUAUUUAUAUUAGGUUUCUGCUGCCAGUUAUGAAAAUCAAAAAUUCCAUCCUCCAUAAAUAUACACAUUAAUGCAUUAAUGAAGUAUUGUAUAUCAAACACUGAAAUAAGAUUUUUGUGAUUUGUGAGGUGGUUUGCUUUCUGAACAUGAUCAAAGCUUGAAUGAAGUGAGAAGAUAAUAAACGUCAUCCAGUUU